GCUGUGUCUCCAGUACAGCAGUUGCACACCGCGCUGUUGCGGGAGUGUUUUGCCGUUUCUGCGGGGCUUCCUUCGGCGGUACAAACAGACAUUUGUGCCGUAACAGUGAUUCCACCGCAGUGCAGCCGGACAGCAGCACAGAAUGGCGUCCCUCUCUGAGCAGCUGCAGGAUGUGCGGAGUCAGGCUGAAGUGUGUCUGUAUUCUGGGGGCAGAGUGGUGGAUCUGCGGGCUGGGGUAGUGGCCAUGGCUAAUCUGCCCUUACCACCCUGCUCUAAAUACCACCACAUUGCUGCAGAAACGAUGGUCAUAGAGAACAGCUUUGGCAGAAACAGGAAGGAGACUCUUGGAUCUCUUCAGCGCUUAUCUACAGCGCUUAACAUCCUCGAAAAGUAUGGCUGUAAUCUGACAAAUCCCAACAGGCCAAAGUACUGGAGGACUGUAAAACACAACAACCCAGUGUUCAGGGCCACAGUUGAUGCUAUCCAGGGAGGACGCGCUGUACUCUGUCUCUAUGGUUACUCUAAUCAGCAGCCAGAUGGACUCAGUUUCCCUGAUGAUGUUACAGAUCCUGAUGUGGGCAGAGUUGCUGCGGUAACUCUGGAAGUGAUGAGCCUGAGAAUGGAACUAGAAAUGCUUAUCAAGGAGGCUCAUCCCCAUCCUGAAUUCUAUGAGAGAAUCAUUCCUACACUCAGACACAAGGAUGUGGGACUCAACACUGAUGCUGUGAUCUCGUCACGCCAUGCAGACAGCCAGACCAAGUCUCUAGCUUUUUCCCUAUACCGUCGAUCCUCCAGGGAGAGCAACCGCAGCCACUCGCUCUCUGCCAACAACCAAAGCCUCAGGUCCAUUCAGGUCUUUUCCACCUUCUCAAGCAAACAUCCAGAGAACUGCGCUAUUUGCGGAAUAUUUCGCAUCUCAGCCCACUGCCUCACCUGCCUCCAGGGGCUGUGCUCAGACUGUGACAGACUGUAUCACUCCUACCCUGAGAGAGCCAACCACCAUCGAACAGCUGUCACGUCAUCAACUUCAUCCAAAAACAGGAGCAAUGAAGGUUCUUCCACCUGGCGUUGCCUUCACUGCACUAAAGUCAACUCUAUCCAGGAUGUGCUCUGUGACGAGUGUGAGCAGCCUCGCUUGGAACCCCUCGGCUCUAAAGAAGAGGAAUGUCAGCCUGCUACUAUCAUCGAGUGGCAGUGUAAGAGCUGCACUAUGGUGAAUGCAGCCAGUAGUAUUCUGUGUGAGGUUUGUGAACGACCUCGUUUGGCGACGCGACCUCCAGUGACCCCGUCGCACCCACCCAUAACCCCACCCAGACCUCCAGCACCAGUAUUGGGGAUGCCCGGUGACCCUGACAGUCAGUGGGUGUGUCAGUUCUGCACAUAUCUGAACUACUCUCCGGCUAUGGUGUGUGAGAUGUGUGACCUGGCUCGCCCAGAGCCUGCACCGCUGCCAGUGAAGCUCCGCCCUCCCUCUCCUGUUAGACGUGUCCCUGCUCUGCCGAUCAAACCGAAGGAACCUGCUCCUGAAGAUCUGGACUCCUGGAGGCAGAAUUUGAUAAAGGAGGAGGGGCUAAAGCUGAUUCAACUAAUCAGACAUGGGGAGAAGAAAGGAGUGAGUCCAGAGGAAGUAUACACAAGCAUGAGGGUAGCUGGGGACAGCAACAUCCUGCCCUGCAAGUGGUUAAAGACUGAACUUCCCCUGCUUUUAGACCAGAUCAGGAUGUUGGUGGCGACAUCGUCCUUUCAGUCAUUUUCAGAUAAGACCUCAACUGAAGACAAAAAUAACAUAACACAGGAUCUCACCAAGGAGGCUGGCAAAGUGGUAGAUCUUGCAGAAACAGAAAGUGUGAUCCAGCUUUCCAGAGCAGAAGCUAAACAAGCCUGGCUUACAGCAGGGGGUGACACAGAGAGAGCUGCCAGACAAGCUCUGAGAGACCGACUCGCCAAGGUAAAGGAGCUGUGUGCACUCGGCUUUAGUGAUGAAAGUCACUGUCAUGAGGUUUUACGGCAGAGUGGUGGUGAGGUAAGAGGAGCCUUGGCGUUGCUACAACGACCACUUCUGGAGCCCUUCCACAAACGCAUCUGGAGUGAGAAACCUGAGCCUCCUGUCGAUAUCCACCAUCCUGACAAGCAGCGUGUAUGUCGGUGGCUUCUAGCAGUCUACGAUCUACCCAGCUGGGGUCGCUGUGAGCUGGCACUGUCGCUUCUUCUGGAGCACAGCGCCCCCUAUUCCCUAGAAGAUGUGGUGCAGGCAGUGCAAGAGUCCCACGACAGGGAAUUUAUCAAGCGAGUGCUCGCCAAAGAAUGUCCCAUCUGCCUCUCGGUUUUCCCUCACAGCAAAAUGCAGUCUCUCACGUCGUGUCAGUGCUCUGUGUGCUGUGGUUGUUUUCAGCAGCACUUUACCAUCGCUGUAAGGGACAAACACAUCAGAGACAUGGUGUGUCCAGUCUGUUGGGAGCCUGACAUCAAUGACCCCGAACACCUCAACAGCUACUUCUCCACCCUGGACAUCCAGCUGCGAGAGUGUCUAGAGCCAGAAGUCUACGAGCUUUUUCACAAGAAGCUGACAGAGCAGGCUUUAAUCAAGGACCCCAAAUUUCUCUGGUGCUGUCACUGCUCAUAUGGAUUCAUCUAUGAUGGAGACCAGUUGAAGGUCACCUGUUUUCAAUGUCGAAACAGUUUCUGUGCUCACUGUAAAAAGCCUUGGGAGUCUCAGCAUGCUGGUCUGUCCUGUGAACAGUUCCAGUCCUGGAAAAGAGAGAAUGAUCCAGAAUAUCAGAGACAGGGCCUGGCUGGAUACCUCAGAGACAACGGCAUCACUUGUCCUAACUGUCGCUUUCAGUAUGCGCUGUCUAAAGGAGGCUGCAUGCAUUUCUGCUGCUCACAGUGUCGUUACCAGUUCUGCAGUGGCUGCAACAACCCUUUCCACACUACCUGUGCAGUGGACCAGUGCACGGUGUCUGGACUGCAUGCCCAUCAUCCUAGAGACUGUCUCUUCUAUCUGAGAGACUGGGAACCAUCCAGGCUGCAGGCUUUGCUCCAGAAUAACGGAGUUGCCUUCAACACUGAACCUCCUCCUGGAACUCAGACAGAUCUGUGUGGAGUAAUAGAGCAAAAAGAUGAGGGCGGGCAGCAGUCAGAUGCAGCCUGUGGAGCUCAGACCCAACCUGGACAUGCUGGACUCUGCGAGAAGCAUUACCGGGAGUACUUGGUGAGCCUGAUCAAUAGCCACUCCAUUGACCCAGCACCGCUCUACAGCUCAAACGAGCUGCUGCUGGCCUGCAGGAGGUACAAGGUAGAGGACACCCACAGGGACGGGGAGGACACCUUCACCUACUACACCAGGCUUCUUGAGAAACUGAUGGAUGAAGUACCGCUCGGUGAUAAGGUGCCACGAAAGAAGUAGAGGAUGCUCAGUUCCUGUUUUAUAUCAUUUGUAACUACAUUAACCGUUCAACUUAAAACUCAGCAACAAGACAAGAUGAUCCAGAAGAUCCCUGUUUUUCAGGUGGACAAUGUAUUAGUGUUCACUUAUACCUCUGUGAUAGUGUAAAUAAAUAGUUUGACUUUGUCAGAAAACCACAUUUCAAAAUCAACGUAUGUGAGCUGGAACAUGAGACAAGCUCUGACUAAAUCAUUUAAAUCAGCUGAAUGUUCUUUUGUGUAAAACUGUUGAGCAACAACAUUUCUUUACAUUUUUCUUCCGCAGAGAGACUUUCUUGAGCAAUAGUUCUUCAGGUUUUCUCAAGUUUUUUCAAAGUUUGGAUGUUGCCUGCUUUUCACUUACAGUUAUGUAACACUGACCUAUAACUCAUUCAAGCAUAAAAAAUGCUCCUAACUCAAGAGAUGAACCAGUGAUGUGUCCUCACAUAUCAAACUACGUCACAAAGAAAUCAAUUUUAAAUCAUAUUUGUAGGCACACUUGCAGCCUUCCAAAAACACAGUGUGUUUCCCCUUCUUUAGGUAUGUCUGUGAAAAAUGCCAAAGAUAUCACAUUUUGACAGGCAUAGAAUAAUAUUUCUGUACCAACAAGGUGAUUGCUAAAGAACAGCAUCAUGGCCGAGGGAAUUACAAAAAACUGUCUACAGCAGAUAAACAACAUCUACAAAUCACGUCCUAAAAAAGGAAGAAAAAUCUGUCAAAGCUCCGACACAGGAACUGAGUGAUUUACGUGAUUUGUUUCUCUUAAGGAAGGGAAACAGAGAAAAGGCCGAACUACACAAGAACCGGACUGAAAUGAGUGGCAACAGAUCUUAAAUCAUCAUCAAUAUGGACGAAGGAUAUCAGGGAGGUACAGUAGUGAAUAUCAACAGAGUUUAGUUCCAAAAGCCGCGUUUCAGCUUUUGGACUUUAGAAUUGUACAGACGUUGUUUUUGGCUUCCAUGUGUGUUUCAAUACGUUUCAAAAAUCACUGCACUUGCUCCCAUUUUCCUCGCAAAAUUCAAAGAAGUGAGAGUUGCUUUGAGACGUUUACACAGUACUGUACACUGAGGCUUUGCUUCUUUUUUCCUCAAAUGAACAGCCAGUAUUUCGGCUGGAUCUUUUUAUUGUGCCAACCAAAUAAAACAAAACUUUCCUCUUUUCUCAAACUCGCUGUUUCACUCCCCAGCUGUGAGACGUAGCCUUACUUAUAUAAUACACAGAUGUGAAUACAAGGGCAAAUACUUUUAUUUUCAAUUGGCUUCAGCAGCAAAUGAAUCACUAAGGUAGCGAUAUAUAUUUUUUUUGUUUUACUACGUUACCAAAGUUUAUUGAAAGAUGUAUUGAAAUCAGCUUGACUGUAACAUUGGAUUUGAUUGGAGCAAAUUAACAUCUUAUUGAAAUUAUAAGUGCUUGCAUCACUACGUAAGCUCACAUAAGAGCUUACUUAGUGAUUAAGUAAGUUAACCUAAUUAAUCUUAAGUAAGUUAAGAGCCAAGAGAAUAAAAGUUGUCCACUCUGCAGGGAUGAAAACAAAUGAAGGAUUGUAAACUCAGAAUCUACAGGUGACUGCAUGUUUUGCAAAGGCUGUUACUGCAGAAAGUAAACAAGUUCUAUUGAUACAUAAAAAUUCAUCUUUUAUUUCCUUUCUUAUAAAAUGCUACAUUUCCACAACUUUGUUUUUACUGGCCAUUUGAGAGUGGUAGGUUGCAUGUAAAAAUCAGAAUGCUUACACUUGACAGACAGAUAAUGGUUUGACCAAAUGAAUAACAUACUGAGAGUUUAAAAGCUGCCGUUUGUAAUAAGCAAGAACAUAAGUCCCUGUGAAAGUGUAUUCUGUGUCAUGUACUGUGUCUAAUAAAGCAUUCAUAACAUGACUGA